AAUGGAAUUUACUUAAACGUUGGGACACCAAAGUUUAAAUUUUCCUUAAUGUAUUAUGGACUAACAAAUUGAAAAAAAAAAAAAAAAGUCUCAACAUACAUAAAUUCUAAAUUGUUACUGCAUUUCUGAAAAAGACCUUAAUUACAAUUGUUUUUAUUUAGUCUCUCCCAAAGACACUAACAAAUUUGUUGAAUAUUGAUACAAGUUGCUAAUCAACGCAGAUUUUCCAUUCGAUGGAUUGUGGUUCAGUAUCAUUGAGGCAAUCACUUGUACCAAAUUCUAGGGUUUCGUUUCAAUCUCUAAAACCCUCCAAUUUGACGGCUUAUUUCUUUAAUUCAAGAUCAAUUCCUCGAAUUUCGAUGGCUGAUCACAAAUUCAAUGCUGCCCUCCAUAUCCAAGCUCAAAAGUCUGGUUCUGGGUAUGUAUCUGCGGCAGUUUCAUCUGUUGGUGAUGUUCAAGAGCAUGAUUUGAAAAUCAAAGAGUGGGAGGCUAGAAUCCUACAAGAGGAAAUGGCUGCUAGUCAGGGAAUAACUAUUAGAAGACGGCCACCAAUUGCUCCUCCUUCGGGUUAUGAUGGUCCAUUUGAGGUUCAAAUACAGGAUAUGUCAAACACUCCUCGUAACAUUUUGGAGGAGAUUAUAUGGUACAAGGAUGUCGAGGUUUCACAGUUCAAGGAAAGAAGACCUCUUGAUGAUUUGGAAAAGGCAGUUGAUGAUGCUCCUCCAGCAAGAGAUUUUAUUGGCGCUGUAAGAGCGGCUUACCAACGGACAGGAUUCCCUGGUUUGAUUGCCGAAGUUAAAAAGGCUUCACCUAGUAGAGGCAUUUUAAGAGAGGACUUCAAUCCGAUAGAAGUUGCUAAAGCCUAUGAGAAAGGUGGUGCUGCAUGCCUCAGUGUUCUGACAGAUGAAAAGUUUUUUCAGGGAUGUUUUGAGAAUUUGGAGGCUAUACGCCAUGCUGGUGUAAAGUGCCCUCUUUUAUGCAAAGAAUUUAUAGUAGAUGCUUGGCAAAUAUAUUAUGCUCGCACCAAAGGAGCAGAUGCUGUUCUUUUGAUCGCUGGAGUUCUGCCUGAUCUGGAUAUUAAAUACUUCCUAAAUCUAUGCAAGAAAUUAGGGUUGGCUGCUCUUGUUGAGGUGCAUGACGAAAUGGAAAUGGAUCGUGUGCUUGGAAUUGAAGGAAUUGAACUUAUUGGAAUCAACAAUCGUGACCUUGAGACGUUUAAGGUUGACAUUGGCAACACCAGGAAGCUUCUUGAUGCAAGACGUCUAGAGAUUCUCAGUCAGAGAGAUAUCAUUGUGGUUGGAGAGUCUGGCUUGUUUACACCUGCUGAUAUUAAUUAUGUUCAAGAGGCUGGUGUGAAAGCGGUUUUGGUUGGGGAGUCCCUUGUCAAACAGACUGACCCUGCCAAAGGAAUUGCUACUCUAUUUGGUAAAGACAUAUCGCCAUGAGUUGCUAGUCACACAAUGCCGGCCAGUGUCCACUCCGAACCAAGAGACAUUUGCUCUGUCUUCUUUAAACUCCCUACAUUGUGCAUUACCCAACAAAUGCAGAGCUAAUGGUUGUCUGUUUGCCUUGCAUCUCAAAAAUACCAUGCUGUUGUAACUCAGAUAGAUAGUAUAUUUAAUAAAUUGACGCAUGUAACGGGAAAAUAAGACAAUGCAUUAUAGAAAGAAUGGAGGGAUACUAUUCUUGAUGCCUUAGUUAGGUGUUGGACACACUUGAGCUGACCUUGUGUUCUAUAAAAACAUGAUCAGAGGCGUCAAAUUGUAUUUUUACAUGUAGCAGAACUUUAUUGUUUUGUUUUGCGUUCUAGAUUUGUAGCCCUAAUAACCCAUAAUUUGUAGCCUCAGUAAAGUAGUGUUGUAAAAAAGCAUACUCCAUAAUAAGCAAGUUAUUGUAUCAGUUUCUUCAAGUUUA